UAACCUGCGCGCUGGAGUCGCUGCUCUACAGCGCAGAAGAGAUCAGACUGAAGCAGAGAAAGUCUGUCUUUAUCUCUCUCUCUCUCUCUAUCCCUCUAUCUGUCACUCUCUAUCUCUUUAUCUCUCUGUCAGAUCUGCAGCGCGAUUUCUUCACACUGGAUUAUUAACCCGAGAUUUUCAGCAGAUUGGAGAUGCUGGAGAAGAAGAUGGACUGGAUGGUUCCUUUGUUCCUGCUUGGGAUCAUAGCAGAGGUUGCUGUAAUGGCGAGUCCGGAGGUAAACAACAGCGAAGAACACAUGCCUGUUAAUGUAUACAACGAUAUUGGAUCCACCAGACAGAAGAUCAUGACGGCGCAGUUCGAGUGCUAUCAGAAGAUCAUGAUGGACACCAGCAAUGUUAAAGUUGCAGUCGGUCGGAUGUGCAACCGAACGUGGGAUGGGUGGCUGUGCUGGGACGACACGGACGCUGGAGUUACCGCUCACCAGCACUGUCCUGACCACUUCCAGGACUUUGACCCUACAGAGACAGCCACGAAGGUGUGCAUGGAUGACGGACAGUGGUUUAUGCAUCCGGAGAGCAACAGGACGUGGACGAAUUUCACCAGAUGUAAUGCACACAGUAAAGAAAGUAGAAUGACCGCAAUAAACCUGUUCUACUUAGCCCUGAUAGGACACGGGCUGUCUCUCGUCUCUCUGUUUAUUUCACUUGGGAUAUUUUUCCAUUUUAAGAGUUUGAGCUGCCAGAGAAUCACUCUGCACAAAAACCUCUUCUUUUCCUUUAUCUUGAACUCCAUCAUCACUAUCAUCUGGUUAACGGGUGUAGCUAGUAACCAGGAACUAGUGCUGAGAAAUCCGACCAGCUGUAAAGUGUCUCAGUUUGUCCAUCUCUACCUGUUCGGGUGUAAUUAUUUCUGGAUGUUGUGUGAGGGGAUUUACCUCCAUACGCUCAUCGUCGUGGCCGUCUUCGCCCAAAAACAGCAUUUAAUGUGGUACUAUCUUCUCGGAUGGGGUUUUCCGCUGUUACCAACUACGAUUCAUGCCAUAGCUAGAAGUUAUUAUUACGAUGACAACUGCUGGAUCAGUUCCAACACGUCUCUGCUGUACAUCAUCCACGGGCCGAUCUGCGCCGCGCUGUUGGUGAAUCUCUUUUUCCUGCUUAACAUCGUACGUGUCCUCAUCACCAAGCUGAAGGUGACGCACCAGGCCGAGUCGAGUCUGUACAUGAAGGCGGUGCGUGCCACUCUUAUCCUCGUCCCUCUGUUGGGAAUCCAGUUCGUCCUCCUGCCCUAUAAGCCUGCAGGACGUGUCUUAUCUGAGAUUUACGACUACGUCAUGCACAUCUUAAUGCAUUAUCAGGGUCUUCUGGUGGCCACUAUCUUCUGCUUCUUUAAUGGAGAGGUUCAGAGUGUGUUACGGAGACACUGGAAUCAGUAUCGGAUGCAGUUUGGCAGCGCGAUGACUCACGGCGAGGCGCUCAGAUCGACGUCCUACACGGCCUCGUCCAUCACCGAGGUGCAGGGCUGCUACAGCAUCGACGGCCACAGCGAACAUUUAAAUGGCAAGAGCUGCCUCGAAGCUGACAAAUCAGAGAAUUCCUUCAACUGAGCACGUGACCGAACACGACAAGAUGCAUAAUGCGCAUCAUGUUCGAAGGUUACGUGACUGCGUCUACACAUUCUCUGCUGACGUAUGAAGGAAGGAAGGAAGGUUUACUGCUCUCACACUGCCUUAUUAUCUUACACAGUGCAUUCUACCUGAAUGAGAAAACUAAUUAAUUGGCGACACUUUAAGAGACGCAUAAUAAUUUAGGCUGCGUCUCAGUCGGCUCCUAGUUCAGGAGUCCGGGCUCUGAUCAGGGAGUCGGCCAUUUUACAUUCACUCUUUCUCUCUCUCUCUCUCGCUCUUAAUCAUGGAAUCAUUUCAGUGAACUGUAAUUUUUGCUCCCACAAAUUAGAUCCCACAAAAAUAGAACGCGUCCCUUCUCACUAUGUUCCCUUACUGGGAAUCUGGGUGACUUAUUAUUCUAAAGCUUCUCAGCUCAAUAAAAUAAGGCAGACAAACUCAGCUAAGUGCGUUUACAUAUGUAAGAAGCUUGUUAGCAUCGUUGUAGCGCUCAAAUGAUCACUUACGCUAGUGUGAGGUAACGUUAUUUAAUGUUCUGUAUGGCUAAUGAUGGCUUAUAUGAUCAAAAAAAAUAUCCACUAGCUAUUAUUUGAUCCUGUUGAAGUAAAGUGACACAAAUGACACAUUUAUAUGAGAUAUAAAACGCAAAUAUUUCAUAUUUUGGGGAUUUUACAGUGACUGAUUUGGAGAUUGCGCAAUCAGUGUCCUAAUAUACUGUAUAGUGAGCCAGAGUCCUUACCAACACUACCAAGCCCUACUAUACUGACUCACUACAGAGGGAGUUGAUUUGAGAUGCACCCUAAUUCAUUAUUAUUCAUAACUAAGAGUACUAAACAUUAGUUAGCCUUUUAACCAAAGAAACUAUAGAAACGUCAGACACAAGUCAUGCUUUUAUAUAUAUAUAUAUAUAUAUAUAUAUAUAUAUAUAUAUAUAUAUAUAUAUAUAUUCAUUCAUUCAUUCAUCUUCUACCGCUUAUCCGAACUACCUCGGGUCACGGGGAGCCUGUGCCUAUCCCAGGCGUCAUUGGGCAUCAAGGCAGGAUACACCCUGGACGGAGUUAUAUAUAUAUAUAUAUAUAUAUAUAUAUAUAUAUAUAUAUAUAUAUAUAUAUAUAUUUUAAUGAUGAAAUCCUUUCAGGGAAACUCAGUUGCUUGUUAGUCAAUGAGUGAAAAUCUAUCUGACUCACCAAAGCGAGAGUUAUCGUGUCCUAAAAUAUAACAGCACGUCAAAAUAUUUAAAUAAUAUGCAAAUAUAUUCUCUGAUAUUGAAUAGUGGAGCUACAAGUUCCAUAUUGAUAGAAAAUGAAUCUCUUUAAUUAGAAUGUUGGUAUUUUUCUGUGGAAGCAAAAGUUAGUUUGUUAUAUUCGUAUUAUAUUUUUUAUUUUUCUAUGUAGUCUAUAAAAAAAAGUAAGAACAAAUAGGAAAAGUGUCAAAUAGUGGCAAGCUGUCAAACAUAAGUAAGUAAGUAAAUAAAUAAAUAAAUAAAUAAAUAAAUAUGGAUGUGAGCUGGGAAUAAAUUUGGGAUUCCUGAAUAAAAUUUAUUACAUAUUUAAUAAUAAAGACAAUUUUCUUCACUAUGGUCACAGAUUAGUUCAGUCCAUUUGGCUAGCUAGAUAUUUCCACUAGCUCUCAUUUUUCUAGUAUAGUUAGCUGAAAACUAAUUAUUUUUAUUAAUUACUCCCGAAGAUUUUCUGUUGUCAGAAUAACGUAGGUAACAAUUAAUGUAGCUCACAACUCUAAUCCAUGAUACAUGACCAACUCUUUAGAUACGUGCUUCAGGUCUCGAUCUGUUUUAGUAGUCACUAAAACAGUAAGAAUUAUAUAAGUUUAUUCCUUAAAGUGUUGCCAAUUAAUGAAAAGAAUAUAUUUAUGACAUUAGGAGUAUUUGUAGUCGCCUGCUGCUUUGUAAAGGCAUUGAACUGUAAAUAUAUUUCUAAUAUCAUUUUUCCUUUCUUUUCUUCUGUACUGUUCAUUCAAAUAAGGCUGAAAUGUUAGCUGUCAUUGCUGAUAAGCUUUGCUGACUAGAAAUGAUGUCUUUGCUGACUGUAUGAAAUGAUGACUUACAUUUUUACUAAUUGUUGUACAAAACAAAAUGUAUGUAUAAAUAUAUGAAUAGAAAUAGAAAUAUCCCUAUUCAGGGAAACAGCCAGUAUCAUUUUCUAUGUUAUAUUCAGGACACAUCUGUAAACUAAUGAUGUAAUGUUGUUUGUGUUCAUGCAUCGUGUCUUUGUCUGAAAUCACAUCAAAGUUUGUGUUUUCAUGUCUCACGUAGAUGAAGUACCUAUGACAAUCGC